UGUAAUAAUUCCUAGAGUCAAAGAGGUUUGGGAACCGGAUAUGGCCAAUUCUGUUUUCUCAUUGAAUGUUUUCAUAUACGAGUUUCCCCCAAAACAUCUUCUCAAAUAGCGGCCCUAAUAUGACAGCACCCAAUGCAAGGAACGUGCUGACCGAUGCAACCUUGGAUAAGCAGAAUGUCAGCUUCCCGGGAACGUCCAAUAUGGCCACCGAUUUGCCUGAUGGCGGCCGUAAUAUGACAGCUCCGAAUGCAACGAACGCGCCGACCGACUCAUCCCUGGCCAUGCAGAAUGUUAGCUUCCCGGGAAAGUCCAAUAUGGCUACAGAUUUGCCUGAUGGCGGCCCUAAUAUGACAGCACCCAAUGCAAGGAACGCGCCGACUGACUCAACCCUGGAUAAGCAGAAUGUCAGCUUCCCGGGAACGUCCAAUAUGGCCACCGAUUUGCCUGAUGGCGGCCUUAAUAUGACAGCUCCGAAUGCAACGAACGUGCUGACCGAUGCAACCCUGGAUAAGCAGAAUGUCAGCUUCCCGGGAACGUCCAAUAUGACCACAGAUUUGCCUGAUGGCGGCCGUAAUAUGACAGCUCCGAAUGCAACGAACGCGCCGACCGACUCAUCCCUGGCCAUGCAGAAUGUUAGCUUCCCGGGAAAGUCCAAUAUGGCUACAGAUUUGCCUGAUGGCGGCCCUAAUAUGACAGCACCCAAUGCAAGGAACGCGCCGACUGACUCAACCCUGGAUAAGCAGAAUGUCAGCUUCCCGGGAACGUCCAAUAUGGCCACCGAUUUGCCUGAUGGCGGCCGUAAUAUGACAGCUCCGAAUGCAACGAACGCGCCGACCGACUCAUCCCUGGCCAUGCAGAAUGUUAGCUUCCCGGGAAAGUCCAAUAUGGCUACAGAUUUGCCUGAUGGUGGCCCUAAUAUGACAGCACCCAAUGCAAGGAACGCGCCGACCGACUCAACCCUGGAUAAGCAGAAUGUCAGCUUCCCGGGAACGUCCAAUAUGGCCACCGAUUUGCCUGAUGGCGGCCUUAAUAUGACAGCUCCGAAUGCAACGAACGUGCUGACCGAUGCAACCCUGGAUAAGCAGAAUGUCAGCUUCCCGGGAACGUCCAAUAUGGCCACAGAUUUGCCUGAUGGUGGCCGUAAUAUGACAGCUCCGAAUGCAACGAACGCGCCUACCGACUCAUCCCUGGCCAUGCAGAAUGUUAGCUUCCCGGGAAAGUCCAAUAUGGCUACAGAUUUGCCAGAUGGUAGCGACCGUAUGGCCAGCACGAAUGUUCCGCAUAUGACGACUGAUGCACCCGUGGGCACUUUAAUAUGGCGACUCAUUCGCCUGAUGGACGACGCAGACCUAUCCCACAACGACAUGCUAAAGUCCUACCCCGAACAUGAAGACGUCAUCGCCAGAACGUAGGGUAUUUCCCACUGUAUAGUUACGGCUGAAUCAACAUUCACAUUGAAGAACAAAUCUGUUUUGUUAUUUAUGUCUGUUUAAGUUUACAUAAUAAAACGCACUAUUGUAUUU